GAUCUUUCUGGACGAGAAGUGCGAAUUUCCUCCUGUCACUCAGUCUCCAGACUUCCCAGUUUACGAAUCUGGGUGCCGCUAAAAUUACGGCAUGCUGACAGCUUCCGUUCAGUGGCCAUUAUGCCGUGGAGUCGACUGUUUGUGUCUCUGUCUACUUCCUGCGAAACCAAUGCUAGGGAGUUGCGGAACUCUCGGCCCGGAGGCAGCCUCGAUCGAGUCAUUACGAGUAUGAUCAUCUCCUGUGAUGUCUCUGCGGGGUAUCAUCACGCAUGAUAGAUCUCUGAAGUGGCUGGGUUUGUCUGGUUUUCUGUAGGGAGGAAAUUGAAACGGAGGAAGGCUUCGAUUCCAAGCUUUGUUUAAAAGCGAUCGGUGUAGUUUGACCUAAGUAGACUUGCAGAGACGAGUAUGAUUCAGCCAUUCUGCCUCUCCAAUGUCACCAACUCUGCCUCUUCUACAAUAGCCCACAAACAAUCGUUAAGAAUUGACACCAACAAGCAGGUUCAAUGCAUGGAAAUCGUUGUCAGGCAAAUUCUGUUAAGUGGAGAUUUUUUUUGCUGGGAGAAGUGAUAUACGUACGCGAAUUUCGUUUUUUUUCGUAGUUAGAAUCUAAAGCUCAACUGCUACAACGGCAGGUGCAAAUUUCACAAAGCAGUCCCCAAUUUUUUCCCGUGAUAGAGCUGAGACACUGAACUGCCCGGCAGGCCUUUUGCAGCCUGCGAUGUGGUGAGUGAUUUAUACGCCGAACCGUGCUUGAGAUCGCACGAUGGCCACGGAAGACAAGCAGUCCACUGCGAGACGCAAUGUGUACUUCGAGGCAGGUCUCAAAGAGGAGGGCCAGAAAUCUUCGUGGGCCGAAUCACGUCCGAAAACUCCUUUGAAGGUGUACGCAAGCGAUUUAGAUAACGAGAGCUUAUGGCUGUCGAAUUCCGUCAUGAGGACCCGCAGUUUAGAGAGCUCGAGAGCAGUCACUCCCCGGAGCCAGAUAUCCAGCCAGGGCCAGGUCCAGGUCCAGGGCCAGAGCAAUUGCAGCCCUCUUCCUCUGGCAUUUCUUUUUCGGCAUCUCUCGGGCAUGAAAAGUUCUAUUGGAGAGGCUAUGGCAUUAGCCAAAACGACUGCCUCCACAACAUCGUCAUCCUCCGAAUUCUCGACCCCCACUGUGAAACUCCAUUCAUACACCAAAGUAAAACAUAGAAGGACCAAAAAUUCGGCCCUGAGAGCCAUGAAUUAUCCGGCCAUUGUGGCGUCUUUCCUCUUACAGCACGAAAAUCUCACAGAGCUGACGAUUCCAGAGGAUGAAGAAAUGGAUGUUUCCCUUCCACCUCUGAAAAAAAACCCUGCUCCAACUCUUUUUGGGUCCAGACUUCGGGACCCGAGCAGACGCUACCACGUAAAGAAAGGAAGGCCUGGCCACUUAAGCCGGGCACUGAAACCACGAGACUGGAAGCAUGGUAAAAGGAGCAUGAAGAGUGGGGGUGCACGAAACAGCGCUUUCGAUCACAGAAGGCAAAAGCAGCUGCUCAAAAGUCGUUCUGCUCGAAUUCUGAAGAAAUGGGACGUGCAAACUGCUCUAGGACCUCUUCUUCAGCAGGGUGAUCAGUCUAGACUCAGUGACCUUAAGGCUCCCAUCGUAGCCGAGUCUUUGAGUUAUUGUUGGGACGGAACAUGGAGGUGGAAAAGCUGUCUUGUCGUGGGAUAUGACAGCAACUGUGGGAUGUACCGUGCGUUAUGUGAUGAAAAUAUCGAAGAUAGAUGGUGUGCGUUGAGAAGCUCUUCCCAACAGGGAGCUUCCUCAGGUGCUGACUCUGCCGCUGGAAUCUCCGGAGACAAGGGCAAGAAUUCUUGGGAGUUCAAUGCAGUUUCAGGUUGCUGGGAGAGAAUGAUCAACGGGGACCAGCACCUCCCGACUCGAUUGGUUGCUCGCCUGAAUCUCCGUAUUCCACCGGAACCUAGAGCUCAAUCGAGCAAUAAAGCUGAGCGUGAUAGCACGUGUCAAGCAACCGUUGCUAUACCUACACCGAGUGUUGGGCCGCUCAGUGCUGAGUCGCCUUCUACAAACCCUUCAUUUAGCUGGAAGGUCAAUUCGAAACUCAAAAGUGAAGGUUUACUUUCUUCAGGAGGCACCCAAGGGAUAGCGAGACUUGGACAAGAAUUGGAAUACAACCCACCUUCUUCUUCGGAAGGAAGCUUGAGGCAAGGACAUGAAGUGUCUGAAGCUAGUGCCUUCAAUCUGAGAAAUGCGUGGAAGCCUUUGUAUGGCGUAGAAUCUAGACUUGGAGUUGGACUGAGCAGUGGAGCAAGUGAAAAAAGCUUCUCCUUCAAAAGGUUGUCGGUCUCAGGGAAAAGCAAUGCCUUCACGCAGCCUGGAGAAUUUCACUCAGGUUUCAGUGAGGAAUCUGAAGGAUUACUGAGCUGGAGAAAGAAAGAACGUCCUGAAAGUGCAAGGUGCAUAAUAUAUGAUGUCUUUCCAUUAUUAUCAGAACUUGCAAGGGAGUUUGAGCAUGAAGCAAACAUUAUGGAGAGCAAUGACAUAACUAGCUUGAGGAAAGCUGGUAUGCUCUUUCUAGACAGGUAUGAAUUAUAUACUUAAAGGUCCCAGGCCGGUUAGAGUUGACGGAGACUCCUUCGCACUCCACUCUUCUAGUUUAGCUGCUUCUUCAGCACUUCUGCGACCUGGUCUUCAGGCGGCUAUGUUGUUGGUUGUCGACUCAGUCAAGCUUGUUGAAAGUACACGGUUCCUCGCUAUCUCAGUACCCUGUGUAUCUAUUGCUAAGGCAGUAAUUUUGCAGAUAAACAACAUUGAGGAAAGUACCGAUUACAUCCGAAAAGUUGUACUCGCGGAUGCCAGGGAUGCUCUGAACACUGCUUUGGUUCGAGAUGAGGAGCUGACAACUAUGAAGAACGGAUCGAAAUUUUAUAUUCGAAUAGCAAGAUGGGCAAACCUUCUCACUGAAGCUGCACUAGCAAAGGCUCUCGAAGGAACUCUCGACGCCUAUGCGUCAAGGUUUGAUGGAAAACAAUCACCAUUGUACAAGGCCGAGGGUUACCAGCAAAUCACAUGUCCUUUAUUCACGGUGAAGCUUACUGUAGUCGGCGAUAACAGCCUUGACUACCGAACACCCUUGUCGAAGCUGAGUGUGUUUUCCGGCAAAUUGUUGGAUGACGUUUUGGGAGCACUUCUGUCUUUGCCUUUCAUGGAUACGAAGGACUCUGUUCAGAGUAAGGUUGAACGCGAUGUUUUGCGCAGGGCAGCAGAUGAUGCUUUGCCUCUUUGCCGUUUACGAGUAGCUCAAGCAGUUGCCGAUGCUACCGAAGCUAUGCAAAUUUUGCAAGCUAAACUUUCGGAUAUAUGGACUGAUCUCACAUUUUUUAAAAGAAGUGCUGAUGCGAAAGCUGAAGAUCUGAUCCCCACGUAUCAAAAGUACUUGAACUCUGUAGCAAUGAGCUGCCACAUAGCCGAGAUUGCAUGUCGUGAAGAGUCAGCCGACAAUCCGAAGGACAAAACGGAGAAUGUAGGGAAAAGAAGCAGCUUCUCUGAUCAUGUUGAAGAUUAUGUGUCCGUGGUACGUAUCACAUUGCGAAAACAGAGGGAACUGCAGACCAUCUUUGCCGAGAAUCAUGGCAAGGUUGUAGGAACUCUUCUCAGACUCGAUUGUGAUGAGAUGUUGAUGCAUACAUCUUCCCUCGGAACAGAUUGUAAGCAAAUGGCUGCAGAUACGCUUCAAGAGAUUCUUCGUCCGACAAUGAAGCAACUGAAUCAGAAACUUGCUGCAGAUGAGACCAUUCUUGCAACAUCUUUAUCUGCAUUGAGCCCUGAGAAGUUUGCUGCCAUAGAAUCCGUCGUCAAAAGCUACCAGUUGGACCCUGAUCCUAUUUACAGAUACUUAGAGGUUCUGAAAGCGUGUCAUUCUGCUCUUGAAACUCUGUCCUUGGAACUGGACGACGAGGAUGUUAAAGCGUACUGGUCGUUGUACGGAAGAACACAUUCUAUGUUAGUCUCGGUCAGGUCCAAGGAAAAGUUUUUGAGAGACGGAAAAUCAAUCGUCAUCGCAAGCAUUCGUACGGAACAGGCAACAAACUUCAUCACAGCAACAGAAGUUAUUGGAUCUAUAGUCUAUUUAGAAUCCUUGAAAGAUAUCAAGGAAGCAUUCGACAACGAGUUUUUGGUGCAAAGAAAGCUAGAUUCUUUGAAUCAGUUGCGGGCUGAGAUUGAGAGGCUGAAGAAGAAAGAGAGGUUGUUGAAUAUCAGUGAGAAUGAAGAGUGCAUUCUCAUGAUUACUCCUGCGGCGAUUAGAGUAGAACACUUGAUGUUCUUGUGGUCAACAGUUGCCGACUGGAUAAGGAAUAAAGACCAGUGGAUGCAGCAACGCUUUCAAAGACUCAACGUGGAACAUAUGUUUGUAAUGGUACAAACGUUUGGAGAGAAAUUGACGAAGCUGGUUGCUGACACCAAGUCAAGCUCGAGUCAGAACGUCAUCCUUUCUGUGGCUGAUGAGGUAAAUGAUAUGCUCACAAAAUUACCACUUUUGGUGAGACUUCGUCACCCUGGCGUCCGUAGAGUACAUUGGAUUGAGCUGGCAUCAAAGACUGGGUGCAUGGCGUUCUUAGAUGCUGGUGAGGUGUUGAAUCUCAAAUCCGUGCUGGAACUGCCUCUAUUCUCCUCACAUCAAGAGAUAAUUUGGACAGUUCUGGAACGAGCUGCAGAAGAAUACAACCAGGAGGUUUGCUUGGAGAAGAUGGAGGAGGAAAUGAGAGGAAUAGUGCUUGAACUCAGUCCAAGAAACGAAAGAGGUGACAGACAGAUGCUCCAGGGAAGUGAGAAGAUACUGGAGCUCCUCGAUGACCAACUUGUUGCAGCUGGCUGUAUGCUUCGCAGUCCUUUUGCUAAAGCUUUGGAAGGAUCUGUUCGAGCAUGGCGGGACAAAUUGAACAUGCUCCUUCAUUUGCUUGAAGGAUUGCUCAGUUUCCAAAAGUGGUUUGAGAUUCUCAGACCAAUCUUCAGUUCAAGCAAUAUUCGACAGCAAUUAGCUGAUGAAUCAGGGAGAUUUGCACAACUUGAUCACCUAUGGCAACAAGUUCUUGAUACUGUUGUUCAAAGAAGGCUUUUUUUGCACGUUUGCGAGUCAAAUCUCAUCUUCGAAGACGUGCCUAAGAGGAUCAAGACAAUGGAGGGGAUAAUGUGCAGCCUGAUCACCCUUCUUGAGAGGAAAAGGUCCAAGUUUCCUAGGUUCUACUUUUUGUCGAAUGACGAGCUUUUACAGGUUUUGUCUCAUGAACAGAAUCCAAAUGAGCUCCAGUAUUACCUUUGCAAAUGCUUUUGCGGUAUCCACGCUAUAGAAUUUUCUAAAGAGGGUAUAGUGACAGGCUUAUGGGUUGAGAAAUCAGAGUACCUGCCAUUCUUCGACCCUGUGCACACAUUCAAUAGGCCGGUGGAAGAGUGGAUGGUCGCUGUAGAGCAUGAAAUGAGAGAGACGGUGAUGCAGGCCAUUCUCGAAAGAAUACGAGAGUUGCACCUCACGCCGAACUCCGACGAGGUAGACAAAGGGUUGCAUGUGAUGACGCUGAUUCCAUCACCCAGAUCUGCGAUACGGAGAUUUAAUUUUGCACCAAGGUCAUUAGAAGUUAAACCAAGAGGCAAUACAGAUCGAACCAGUCGUGAGGAGCAUUUUGUUCUCUUUAGCUCUAUUGGUCAGGUACUUGUAGUCGCAGCUUACGUUACCUUUUGUUCUCAAGUUGAAAAGAUUAUAUCUGUUGAAGGGGAAGAUCCGGUGAAAGGGCUUCUCCUUUUAUCCACCAAUCUCUCGGAGGAGGUUGAAGAAUGCAUUUUUGCAAUCAAGUCAUCAGAACUAGCACACAGACAAGGGAUGUACAAAAGCCUCAUUCUUUUGUUCGUGUAUUUCCGUGAAAUUAUAAACCGUUUAAUAUGUGGUACCGUAGCAGGAGUCGAGUCGUUCGAGUGGCAGCGUAGCUUGCGUUACUAUUGUCAUCCGAAUGGUGACUGCCAAGUGGGUAUUAUGAACCAGGAACACGUUUAUGGUUGUGAUUUAAUCGACUCUCACAACCGGCUGGUGAUGACAUCUUUAACAGAGAAGUGUUUUCUUGGGAUGUUGUAUUCUUUCUCUCUCGGUCUUGGAUGCAAUGUCACUGGGAGUUCUGGUGUCGGUAAAACAGAAACUAUUAAAGAUUGUGCAAAGGCUCUGGGAAAGCAUUGUACUGUUAUUAGUUGCUCAGAGGAGUUCGACCAUCAUGCUAUCGGAAAUGUACUCAAGGGUAUGGCUAGCGGUGGAUUAUGGCUUUGCCUAACCAAGUUUGAGCGCUUGAAGCCAGAGGUCGUGUCUAUCUUAACUCAGCAGCUGCUCACGAUACAACAGGCGGUUGCUUCUAAAGCGCAAAGAUACAACUAUGAGGGUUGUGGGUUUCAACUGAAUCCUAGAUUCGCAAUAUGCACAACAACAGAGCUCAAAAGCAGUGGUGGUUAUUACGGAUAUCUCCACAAGACAAGAUCGUCAUUCCGCACAGUUUCUAUGAUAUUGCCUGACUGCAACACGAUUGUACAUUGUCUUAUGACUGCAGAGGGAAUACCUAAUGCAGCAGGUGUAGCGCAGAAACUGACAUUGUGUUUUAGAAUGGCUGCUGAACAGCUGAGCUUUGAAGAGAAUCACUGUGACUUUGGACUGAGAGCCAUGAAGGCUGUUGUAAAGUGGAUGAGUGUUCUUAAUUCGACCCCUGGGGAGCAAUCUGCAUCUUUAACUCCAGCCGUCCAAGGUGACAUUAUUCUCUGCAAGACCUUGCAGCAGUACUGCUUACCUCGUUUGGUAGGCGAUGGGUAUACUGUCUUUUCCGGACUUCUCUCGGAUCUCUUUCCCAACUUACAAGCCCCUACGCUGCGAGAAAAACUCUUGGAAGCAUCGAUAAUUUCAAGUCUGGUUGAGCGUGGCUUGAGUCCCCAUCAGCCGCUGAUUCAGAAGUGUAUGCAACUACACGGUGCAAUGAAAGUUCAUCGAGGGGUUCUGAUAGUAGGGGCUUCUGGUACGGGGAAAACUCAAUGUUAUUCUACUCUCUCAGACGCUUUGAACUUGAUGGCUAGUAAAGACAUCCUUAUUCAGAAUCAGAAGAGCAGAUAUCAUACACAAGGUCAAUCUGUUAAUUUAGCCAUUGUGAACCCGAGUGCCGUUUCUACAAGUCAUUUGUUUGGCUGCGCAAAUUUGAAAACUAGGAGCUGGCAAGAGGGUAUUGUUCCGAGUAUCUUACGAGAAGCUGAGGAAAGGGUUAAGAACAGAGGCUCAACAUGGAUGAUUCUGGAUGGCGAUAUGGAUUCCAUUUGGCUGGAGCAUAUAAGCACAAUGCUCGACGACAAUGGAAUACUUUGUUUAAGUAACAGUAAGCGUAUACUGCUGCCCCGUAUUGAACAUUUUAGCGUGUUGUUUGAAGUGGAGAGCCUGAAGAGUGUAUCCCCGGGAACUGUCUCUCGGUGUGGUAUCAUAUUGAUGGAUCCAGAAGACGAGGGCUGGAAGCCUUUGCUGCUAUCUUGGGUUCAACGAUUUUCGUCUUCAGAGAUGAAGUCCUGUCUGGAGAAACUCUUUGACGUAUUUUUGGCACCAUGCCUCAAAGCUGCUCUGAGAUAUCCUGAUGCACCAGUGGUUGCAGCAGGCCUGGUAACCAAUCUCCUCAGCUUCCUAGAAGCUGCCUUUAAGCAGGCAGGGCCUAGCUAUACAAUGGAAUCAAGAGAAAAACAGUGUGCGUCAGACUUGCAGGAAGAAAGGUUAAAGCCCAAAUGCGAAGUGAAGAGCAAUAAAAUUCCUGCAAAGUCAUCGAUAGAAAAGUUGGGGCGGGUGAAGCAGAUUAUAAACGAAAGGCAGAAGCAAGUUCGUGAUGCAGUGAACUGGAGGCGAUUACACCAUCGAAAAUUUACAAGCUCUUACGAAGUAUUUCAGAAAGACAGUAUUGUCGACGAGGCCACCAAAGGUGGGUACUCCUUCGAAGCGAUGGGUACUUCCCACGAAGCUUCAGACUAUUCUGGAGAGAACACCGGAAAAAUGCACACUUCAGAGAUCCCCAUCGUAGAAGGAAGUUUAGGAUGUCUCUUUGUCUUCGGACUCUUGUGGUCAAUCGGUGGCCAUCUCCAUGGCUCAAAUGCUGCGGAGCAGUUCGAAAAGGUGUUGAGGGAUGUCAGUGGUCUUUACAAGGGGGAAAUGGCACCAUUACCUAAGGGAUCUCUGUAUGAUUAUUACUACGACAUGACUUUCAACACUUGGAAAACCUGGGAACAUUUACUGGACCAGGUCCAUUCUGUUUCAGGGUCCAGCAUCAAUGUGCUUCCUUACUCUCAUCAGAGUUUGAAAAGUGGUUUGCAGCUGAGCUAUGGCUUGAAGCAUGGAUUAUUGUACGUUCCGACCGUGGAGACGGUAAGAACUCAGUUUUUGGCACAAACUUUAUUCCAACAAAGAAGACCUGUUCUGUUGUCUGGUGGAAUGGGUACUGGGAAGUCCGUAGUUUCUUCCCAGAUCUUGCAUGCGUUUUCUGCAAGUGCGAAAUGUCAAGUCGUUGGUGUGACACUUAACAGCACCAGUUGUGGAUCAACACUCUAUGAUGUCCUUAGACCGAAGUUGGCCAUCUGGAGGAGGAGGUGCCUCAUGCCUGCAGUUCAUGGCAAGAUGGUGUUAUUUGUGGAUGAUUUGAAUAUUUCACAGCUUCACGUCAAACCCGAGGCUCCUGCAAUUCAGUUUCUGAGGUUUCUGAUCGAGCAGAAAGGAUGGUAUGGGCUACCAAUGGAUGCUACCUUCACUGCCGUAGAGGGUCUUGUCCAUUUAGCCGCGAUGAGUAAGCUGGGUUCUAGUGUUAUACCACCCUUGGCCAGACUUUUGAGACAUUUUUUUGUAAUCCAUAGUUCUGAUUACUGUUCUAGAUCUCUGUGCUCGGUCUUUUCGGCAGCUCUUAUGAAUCACUGUCAUAAACACUCUCAAAGCUUAGAAGUUACCCAUAAUGUGAAACUUAUUUGUGAGGCAUCUAUAGAUUUGUUUCUCCGAUUAAGAUCGAAACUAUCAUCUCUGGCCGAUCAACUACCAGCACUUGUAGGUCUACAUGACCUAUUUCGCGUGCAAAGAAAACUGUUGCUGGGCUGUUCGCAAAGUAUCACAUCUGUUCAAGGCUUCUUUCGCAUCUGGGCAUACGAGUUUACCAGAGUGUUCUGUGAUCGACUCAGAAACGAAGCUCACAGAAAACUUGUGAUAUCUGAAAUUUAUGCCACAACUGAAGAAAUUUUGAAGUUGGGUGGUGAUGAAACUAGACAAUUUUUGGCAUCUCUUAUUGACGAAGAAAAACAACCACUUUUUGGUGUAUUUUACCGGGAAGAGAAGCAAGGGACAGUGCAGUCCUGGUCGAGAUAUGAGGAAGUUUCGUGUAGAGUGGAAUGGGAGCAGUCAAUGUCAGCAUUUUUGGCCUCCUAUUCAAUGGAAGAGGGUUCUCAGACUCCCAUCGUGCUCUUCCCCGGAGCCGUAAGUCAUCUGUCAAGACUGCUGAACAUAUUAAGAAUGUCAGAAGAUCAUGCUGUACUUCUGGGGUAUUGUGGAAGUGGAAGGAGCUCUCUUGCGAGACUAGCUACUUACAUUUUGGGAUACACUUUGUUUGAGGUGCAAGUGAAUGGCAGCUACAACCUUGAAAUGUGGACAGCAGAUCUCAGAUAUUUGCUAAAAACUUGCAGUUUGAAAGCUACACCAACCGUCUUCCUCAUAAUAUUGGAGCCCGACGCUAACGUACAGAUUCAAAUCAUGGAAGAUCUUAACUUGAUCGUUCACUGCGGAGAGGCCCUUGAGCUUCUUGGAGAAGAAGAGAAGUAUUAUAUUCAGCAAGAGCUCCAUCGUAUGGAGGAGGCAUCUCAAAUGUCGACGUUUGAUUCUACUUUAGGAAGUGAUAGGGAACAAUAUCUGAACCAAUGUUUUGCAAAUCGACUGAAGGAGAAUCUUCGUUUGGUGAUCUGUACUGAAACUCCAUCGAACAGAGACACGAGCAAUAGCAGUACCUUUGCCUCAGCGUUAAUAACCCGGCAUUUUUCAGUAGAUUACUACGACAAGUGGACACCUGUAGCACUUCAGGCAGUUGCCAGAGUCACACUCGUUAAGCUUGAGCAUGUGAAGAAACUUCCAAGCUUGCAGUUGGAGCUCUUAACCAAAACAUGCUCGAUGAUCCAUACCACCAGCAACGUUAUAGCUUCAUCGUCACCUUUGAAGGGAUCUUGGAGACUUGUUGGAAUGCCCAGCUACCACGAGAUGCUACAUGUUUUUGGAAGAUUAUUGGCAAGAAAAGGACAGGAGGUGGAUAGUCUUCUCAAAAGAUUAGAGACGGGCCUUCAGAAGCUUCAGUCUACACGAGUCCUUGUGGAGGAUAUGCAGUAUGAUCUGCAGGAACUACUCAGACGCAAAGAGCACACUAAUUCUGACAUGGACCAGCUUCUUCUGUCCAUAUCUGACGAACAAGUCCAGAUGGACAAGUCGUUGGAAGAAGUUGCUCAUGAUGAAAGAAUAGCUGCUGGUGAGGCAGAGACUUGCAAGAAGCUGGCUCAAGACGCCCAAAAUCAAGUUCAAGAGGUUGCUCCAGAGGUGCUAACGGCCAUCAAGCAGCUGAGUCAACUGAAUAAGAAAGACAUAUCAGAACUGAAGUCUUUUACUCAACCUCCUCCUCGUCUACUCACAGUCUUGGAGGCUCUGUGUGUCAUUCUGAAAAAAGAACCCAAGCAUAUGAAGCAUCCUCCCAGCAGUAACAGCAUGGAAUCCGUGAACAGCUAUUGGCCUGUUGCCCGUGAGCUUCUAUCACAGGUUGAUUUCGUUAAAAUGCUUUUAAGCUUCAACAAGGACGCUAUGGAGAACUGCACAAUGGAGAAAUUAAAACCUUACAUGGAGAAUCCCCUGUUCAAGCCGGAGAAAGUUCGUAGAAUAUCCGUAGCCUGCAGGUCGAUAUGUAUUUGGAUUCGAGCGAUGUAUAACUAUCACUACGCAAAGACUGUGAAGAUGGAACCAAGAAUCGAAAAGUUGAAGAUUGCCAAUCAUAAUCUGGAAACCUGCAAAGAGACAUUGGAGGAAGCUAGACGCCGGCUUGCAAUAGCAGAAGAUAAUCUGAAAAAUCUUAAAGCCAGGUAUGAAGAUGCAAGUCGGACGAAGGAUGGCCUUGCGAAAAAAGCUGAGGAUUCGGAACUCAAGCUUCGAAGGGCUAGACGACUUAUAGGGCGUCUGGAUGGCGAGUGUCAGCGGUGGAGGGCUCGAGUUGAUGACCUGAAAACCAAGCGAAAAAACGUCGUUGGAGAUGCAAUCCUCGCUGCUGGCCUCGUUGCAUAUUUGGGAUCUUUCCCUGCUAGUUUUCGGUCGAGGUUUAUAUCUGAAUGGCAAACAAGAAUGCAAAAUAUUGGUUUGGCCUACUCUUCCGAUUUUUCUCUAGUGACAUUUUACUCAAGCCCUCAAGACAUCAAAGCAUGGGCAGCGGCAGGUCUGCCUACUGAUGAUCAUUCUCUAGAGAAUGGCAUCAUUGUCUGCAAUACUUCUCGACCUAUGCUCAUACUUGACCCGCAGAAGCAAGUGAGCAGAUGGAUUUGCAGCAUCGAAGAUCCUGCCAAUAUUGUUCUGCUGGACAUAAAUUCUCCACGGAUUCUAGGAGAAGCCCAGUCUUGUACUUUGUCAAAUAAUCUACUCAUGGUCGAAAACAUUGGGAAUCAGGUUCCUCCUGGUCUCAUAAAGAAAGUCACUGCUUUGCUCAAAGUGAAUCCGUUGACUCACACGAACGUUCAACCAGACCCAGCGAAAAAGAGAUUUCUUCAUUGUGGAUGCAUUCUUCUUACUUACGAGCAAGUAUUCAACUACUCUGAUGAGGUGAAUGUAUGUGUGAGCUUGAACGUGGUGGACUUCUCGAUAACCUUCCAUGGUCUUUGCAGUCAACUGCUGUCAAUCGCCGCCGAGAAAGAAAGAUUGGACCUUGAGGAGGAGCGGAACCAUUUGCUUCACCAGAGACUUCUCUUGAAUUGUCGGUUGCAAGAGAUAGAAGACCACAUAUUAACUCUUCUUCAAGGUGUAAUGGUCACCAUUCUUGAUGAUGAACUUCUGGAAGAGGCUCUCUCGAAAGCAACUACUUUAUACGCUGACAUCCAGGCCAAACUGGAAAGAGCUGUUAUCACGGAGGCAGCCGUGGAGCUCACCAGGAAGCGCCACCUGCCAGUGGCGGAGAGAGCAGCCAUAUUGUAUUCUUGUAUUGCUGAUGUCUCGAAGCUAGAGUCUGUAUAUCAGUGGACUCUGCCCUGGUUCAAAAAUGUGUACAGUACAAGCAUGCAGCGAACAACAGCCUUGAAUCCUGUUGAUUUCGACACAAGGCUUGAUUAUUUGAUCAGCAAGAUCACUAUCGCUGUCUACAGGAAGAUAUGUUGUGGACUUCUCACAAAGCACCAAUUCUUGUUCGGCUUGCUUGUUGUUUUCAGAUUAGCACAGACCAGGCACGACGUGGAGCAGGAAGAGUGGUUGUUCUUACUGCAAGGAGACACAGGAACGCAGUCUGGAUGUUCAGACAACCCGUGUCCGUCCUGGCUGGAACCCACUUCGAAGGAGUGGAGACAGCUCUCAAUUCUCUCUACUUUUCCCCGAUUCGAGGGUUUGAUUGAGGAUCUGGAGAGAAAAUGUUGGCAAGAGUUUUUCCAAAGCAGUCAGACCUGCAUUCUUCCGGCACCUUGGCCUCAAAGACUUGGUCCUUUCAGGUCCUUACUUGUUCUGCGCUGUCUUCGACUGGAUAUGGUGAUGGAUGCUGUCAAUCAGCUAGUCAAAAGUCAGUUGAGAUUGAGAAAGGAGGAUCUUGCGGAGUUAUCAGUGGAAGAUGCCUGUGACGAGUCUAAUCCAGAAACUCCAGUUACGUGCAUCUUUCAAGGUGUUGCAACACCCCUAGACGAGAUUAUGACUUGCGCAAAGCGUAAGAACAUGCUGAAGCGACUUCGAGUGUUUUCUCUUGACCAGUGCCAGGGACCCAAACUUCUGGAUGCGGUAAAGGAAGCUGCAACUUGGGGAAAAUGGGUAGUGCUCCAGAAUUGCCAUGCAAAUAUUCCCUGGAUAAAUAACUCCCUGCGAGUUGUUCUCGAAGAAGUGAAGCUAAAGCCUAUACAUGAGAGCUUUCGACUCUGGCUUACAAUGGUGCCUACCAAUGGGCGACCACCGUAUCUGCUUUCAGAAAGCGUGAAGAUAGUGGUGGAACCUCCAAAAGGAGUCAAAUGCAAAAUUUUAAAGAUUCUGAGAACCCAACAAGCUGACGAGAUAUAUUUUGGGAAAAGAACGAUGAGGAUAGAUGGUCAUGUUGUAAAACAUCCCCGAGCAUUUUUUCAGCUUGCGCUGUUUCACUCUCUAGUGCAAGAACGCGCCUCUUUUGGAGCUAUUGGGUGGAACAUAGCCAUGCAGCUGGAUCAUACGGUUUUCAAUCUUGCCAAGGCAGAACUAGAGAAACUCACUGAAGGUCCUGAUGGCGACAUCGGUGCUGCGUCGAAGAAAGGAUUGAGAGCGAGCGAGAAAGAACUUGCGUGGGAGAGAAACAAAAUGGAUUGUUUGCAGCACAUAAUUACGAAGGUUAUCUAUGGAGGAUAUGUCAUCGAUACUUGGGACGAGCAUUCUUUGAACCAGCUCUUCAAACACUGUUUCAGCUCAAAUUUCAAUACGGAUUUUAGAAGUUCUAUGAGACUUUACCUACCGAAGAACAGGGGAACAAUCGAUGACUUUUUGAAGCAUGCAAAUGACUUGCCAGAACCGGAUGAUCCUGAGGUCAUGGGCUUACAAAAAGAUGCCAUUCUCAGCUGUGCUGAGAGAGACACUCAACAACUCUUCACCGAAGCCCUGACUUUGGAAACGGGCAAGGAGUCUUUUCUGGCCCCUCUGAACUGUAUAUUCGAAACUAAGAAAGUCGUCGUUGUUCAGUGCCUGUCUGAGCUACGAGUUGUUGUGUCGGCAACAUUGGAUGAAUCUCAGUUGCGAGCUGAAACUCAACAAACAGCCGAACCCGUUUCUCUUCUUCUGCUUCAGGAGGUGAAGCGCUACAACCGGCUUAUUCUCGUCAUGAGAACGUCCAUUGUAGAAGCUUUGAAGGAGAUUGAGACACCUGGAGAUAUGACACCAGAAAUUGAAAGUUUAUGUAGUAGCAUUAUUGCUGGACAGGUGCCUGACCUAUGGUUGAGAAAUGCGUAUGCAAGCCUCAAGUCACUGCCGAGUUGGAUUAAGGACUUUCACAAGCGUAUGGAAUACAUUAAGACAUGGAUCAAAAACAGUCAUCCACGAGCAAUUUGGAUCUCCAGUUUGUUUUUUCCACAGGCACUUUUUGCUGCAACGCUUCAGAAGUACGCAAGGGCUAAAAACAUCCCCCUGAGCACCGUUCACUUAGAUGUGAUUAUGAUCGACAAAAAGGAAGACGCAAUUCUUGAGGAACCAGAAGAGGGUUGCUACAUCACGGGCCUCCAUCUGGAGGGUGCGAGAUGGGACGCUGAGACCAGAGCGCUAGCAGAAGCUGAACCCAAGCAUUUUCUGGGCAGUAUGAGCAGUAUGUGCAGUCUGUUCUUACGGCCUCGUACAACUGAUCUUGUGGACGGAGCAGGAAAGUGCGACGACACCUCCAAACACUACUGCUGCCCAAUAUACACAACUCCAGCUAGAAACGGACUCCGACCAUGCAGAGGUUGUAACUACGUGGGGACAAUAAACCUACCGGUGGGUGCAAGGUCGUCCAUGCAUUGGGCUCUUCAAGGGGUGGCCCUUCUGUGCAGUUCCAGAGAUUGAUCUGAUUUCUUAACAAGUCCUGCUGAAAUUCCCUCGAGUGAAUGAGUCAACAGGGAAACUUCAGUCGCUACCUACUGCCCGCUUGCAGAUAGCCAACAUGUGCAGUGGGAAUCGUUGAGUUAGUAGAUCACGUUGCGCAGUAGAUGCAUUUGCAGUUGGAGCUAUCUCUUUACCCACUUACAAAUAUGUAUCGUGUUGUCCAAUGGAAGUUGUAAUAAAUGCAAAGUAACAAAUCUGUAGUAAACAGGAUGGAAAACUCAUUCAUUAAUCACAUGGAUAAAACCAACGAAGUAAGACUGGGCUAUGAACUACUAGCUUUACAUCCAAAACAUGUUCCUCCCCUACUACCGAGGUCAAAAGGGUCUGAUGGGUCGAACCACCUCGUUGACAUCCCAAGAAUUUUUGUGAAGAAUCAAUAUUGAUGAAGAACCUUCACAUAGUGGUUGAGAGAUUCAACAGAUAUGCGUUGUUCUAUGCGGUAGAUCA